GACAGCUGCUGCUUGCAUCAGUACCACUCUCUGUCACCCUGUAGCCGGCACUGUAAUGCCCAGCAGCCCAAGCAGCACCAUGGAGGAGCACAGCAAGUCCCUCUGGAUAUUUGGCUAUGGCUCCCUGGUGUGGAGACCAGAUUUUGAAUUUACUUCUAGUAAAGUUGGCUUUGUCCCUGGUUACAGCCGCAAAUUCUGGCAGGGGGACAGCUUCCAUAGAGGCAGCCCGCAAAUGCCUGGGCGAGUGGUCACCCUACAAGAGGAUUAUCAGGAAUGCACGUGGGGCGUGGCCUAUGAAGUCCGCGGGGAGCAGAUUGAAUCGUCACUCCAAUAUUUAAAUGUAAGAGAGUCUGUCCUGGGAGGCUACGUAAACAAACUGGUGAAGUUCUACCCUCAAGAUGAAGGGGAGGAUGGAGCGGUACUGGCCCUGGUAUAUAUUGCUACUCCUCAAAAUCCUGGCUACCUGGGACCAGCCACCGAGGAGGACAUUGCAGCUCAAAUAAUAGUAUCAAGCGGCCGAGCAGGCCACAAUAUAGAGUACCUCCUGCGCCUUGCAGACUUUAUGCAUAAUUACUGUCCAGAAGCUGAAGAUAAACAUCUGUUCUCCAUAGAGGAGGCUCUGAUAGCCAUCUUACCCUGCCUUUACAGCACAGAUGACCCCUUGACUGUGUUCUGCUAAAAAUGAUUUUACUCCAUGCAUUCUUUGAUGUUGGCAUGACAUUUCUCUACGGUUAUCAAGUCUUCAAGUUUCCAGACACCUCAUGGAUAGUUCUUGUCUGAAACCCAGAUGUUUGACCCCUUGAUGUUAUCUCCACUACCUAACAGAUCCGGAAAGUGUCCAGUACUCCCAAACUGUUACUACAAAUCACCACACCUAAUGUAACCAAAGCACUUUUACUGUAUAUGUGUUUGUCCUGGAGAGCUGGCCCCUUCGGAAGCGCAUACUUUACCCGCCCACCUCUGGGUUAAUUUAGGGGUCUAUUUACUAAGCCUUAGAUCGAGAUAAAGUGCAUGGAGGUAAAGUACCAGUCAAUCAGCUCCUAACUGUCAUUUUUCAAACACAGGGGCAGAUGUAUUAACCUGGAGAUGUCAUAAGGUAGUGAUAAACCAGUGAUAAAUGCAAGGUGAUACACGCAUCAGCCAAUCAGAUCCUAACUGUUAAUUUACACAUUGGAGCUGAUUGGCUGGUGCGUGUAUUACCUUGCAUUUAUCAGUGGUUUAUCACUUCCUUAUGCCUUCUCCGGGUUAAUACAUCUGCCCCACAGCUUGUAACAUGGCAGUUUGGAGCUGACUGGCUGGUACUUUAUAUCCAUCCAAGUCUUAGUAAAUAGACCCCUUAAUCACUUAUUACUGGGUUUACGUUUGUGAUGAGUGUCUUAGAAGUCACAAACAAGCCAGAACUAGACAAAUCUAGUCCUAAGUUGAUUGUUUUACAAAGUGUUAAUUGUUUCUCUGACAUAUAACUGCCAACUAAACACUCGCACUGCCCUUAUCCUUAAAACCUGGACUGUUAAGUUACCUUAAGGAGCGAAUUUGGGAAAUACAGUUUUAGAUGAUGAAGCCUUGGCACAAUCGUCACCCAGAUAUUAAGUGUCAAAAUGUAAACCUGCCAUCUAUGUUACAAACAGAUCAAAAUGCCUCUCAUAGUAUACAAAUAAUUGUAUACUGUACUGUAUAAAUGAAACUGGUGAUAUUGCUGUAUUAAUGGCUAGCACGUUAUAAAAGUACUGUGACCAUUGGCAUAUGACUGCAUUAUGGCUUAAAAGAACACUACAACCUUUAUUAGUGUAUAAGACAAGAAGUAGCAUAUUUUGUUAUAUACUGAAGACAAUAGCAGUAUUACUUAUCUAGAUAAUUGCCUCUGGAAGUGUUAUCACUCUGCACUGAAGCCAUUAGAUGUCAAGAACUCUGUUUAAGACUAUUUCUAUAAAGGAUGAAUACUCAAGUUUUGCUGCUAAGAAUCUAUCUACCUUAAAUAUGGGCAGAUGGAAUUCUCUUUUUUUUUUUUUUUUGUAUUUAAUAGCGUAAUAAGAUGAUUUAUAGCCUAUGUGUAAUUGGGAAUGUGCAAUAAUGCAGUGGAGUAAUGUUCUGUAAACUCUCUGGAUGCCAGGAACAAGCAUUAGAAACUGUGUAGCACUACUUGGUUGUAGUUUAAUUUGCAGUAACAGAUGAAAAGUUGAAUUGAUACUGUAUAUACUAAAGCCAAACAUCUAAAUAUUGCAGUUAGAAUUCUCUACGGUUACUCAAGUGCCUGGAGCAUUAAGUCUUUAAAAAAAACAUCCAAGUAUUAUUGCAUUCACUGUUACAUUCCAAGGCUAAUAUAUAGCGUGCGAGGUGCAGGAGGCUGUUUAGGAAUUUCUACGAGUCUGUCUAUACAUUUAAAGUGGCAAUCAUUUACCAGGCAAAACCAGGUCGGUUUUGCGCUGUAAAUGAUUGCCACUUUAAAAACACGGACAGACUUGCAUAAAUUCCUGAACAGCCUCUUGCACCUCGCGGGCAUUACAUAUUGCACCGUGUCUUGUAUUACUAUGCAAGACUAUUAGUCAUUGCGCCAUAUAGUGCGGGAUCUUAUGAGACUAGUGAACAUAGAGGUGCUUCCUGACAGUUCCUGGCUCUGUGGAAACUUACUCCAUUGCUACAGUUGUCAAUAUUUGGAACAUAUACGUGACACUGUUCCUUAAUGUAUUCCAACUGGAUGUUCUGUGUACUGUAUCUGUUUUUUUUAUACACUUCAUCAAUAAUAAAUAGAAUUAUAUUAAAUUAAA